GCGUGGAAAGGUAUUGCGGCGUGAAACCUCGCAGCGUUAACUGCACCGCCAGCCCAGGCUGAAGGGGCCGCUAGUGCGGAGGCAUCAAACUCGCUAUAAUCUCCAAAUCGCUUCGAUCGCGGGGCGCAAGUCGGAAAGCGCUACCCUCCGCCCGCCCGCCCGCCCGGCGUCCGGUGCGGCGAGAUUUGUUGGUGCUAGAGGACGCUGUGACAUUCGCGUCCCGUCGACAUGGAUAAAUUACCACCACCCGCUAUGCGGGGGGACCGCGCCAGUCUGUCGCAGCGCGCGGCGGCGGCCCAGGGAAACGGUAGCAUGGAGAAGAAGAGCAAAGCGAGCGGAGGCAGCAGUGGAGGAGGAGGAGGAGGCGGCGGCGGCGACGGCAGCGGCGGCAUUGGCGACGACGAGGAGGAAGGAGGGAAGAUUACGCGAGGCAAGAGCAUCCGAAUGAAAACCGUGUCUUCGUCGCUGGGAGGCGGCGUGGACAGGAGCGCCGGCGGGCGCGAGUCCAAUAUAAAGGAGACGGACGUGGGCAGGAAAAUGAAGCGUAGCACCAACGGGGACUGCAGGAGAGCGACCAAGGGGAGCCUGACCUCUAUCGCCAGUCGUCAUUUCCACGACCAGGAGCUGUCCGAGGAGAAGCGCUCCAUCAUGGAAGGGGAGUGCGCCUCGGGCGGUGCCUACGAGUGCGAAGAGAGCGCGGCGGGCAUUCAGCAGCAGGAGGGAGCAGGAGGAGGCGACGCGCCGCGCGCUUCUCGCUCAGGGUCCGUGAGGAAAGGUCAGAGUCAGCGGCCCCAGGCCAAUUCGGUGGGCUUCCUCAAGGGCGAGUCGGCCGAGCCCAUGCUGCUGGACGAUGGCGAACAGUGCGGCAUCCAGGCCACCUUCAUGCAGAGGCAGUUUAGCGCCAUGUUACAGCCGGGAGUCAAUAAGUUCUCCCUGCGCAUGUUCGGGAGCGAGAAGGCGGUGGAGCGGGAACGAGAACGGGUGAAAUCGGCCGGCUUUUGGAUUAUUCACCCGUACAGUGAUUUCAGGUUCUACUGGGAUAUCAUCAUGCUGUUGUUGAUGGUGGGAAACCUCAUUGUAAUCCCCGUGGGGAUCACUUUCUUCCACGAAGAGGACACAACUGCCUGGAUUGUGUUUAACGUGUUGUCGGACACGUGUUUCCUAGUGGACCUUGUGUUAAACUUCAGAACAGGCAUCGUUGUCGAAGAUAACACCGAUAUUAUAUUGGAUCCACAAGUUAUUAAAAUGAGGUAUCUGAAAAGUUGGUUCCUGGUAGACUUUGUGUCGUCCAUACCCGUGGACUAUAUAUUCCUCAUCGUGGAGACCCGAAUCGACUCAGAAAUGUACAAGACUGCAAGAGCCCUGCGCAUUGUCCGUUUUACCAAGAUCCUGAGCUUGCUACGGCUUCUAAGACUCUCCCGGCUCAUCCGUUACAUCCAUCAGUGGGAAGAGAUUUUUCACAUGACGUACGACCUGGCGAGCGCGGUGGUGCGGAUUGUUAACCUCAUCGCCAUGAUGCUGCUCCUGUGUCACUGGGACGGCUGCCUCCAGUUCCUGGUGCCCAUGCUGCAGGAAUUCCCCCACGACUGCUGGAUCUCCCUUAACGGCAUGGUGAACGACUCGUGGGGGAAGCAGUACUCGUACGCCCUCUUCAAGGCCAUGAGCCACAUGCUGUGCAUCGGCUACGGCCAGCGCGCGCCCGUCAGCAUGGCCGACCUGUGGCUCACCAUGCUCAGCAUGAUCGUGGGCGCCACGUGCUACGCCAUGUUCAUCGGGCACGCCACGGCGCUCAUCCAGUCGCUCGACUCGUCGCGCCGCCAGUACCAGGAGAAGUACAAGCAAGUGGAGCAGUACAUGUCGUUCCACAAGCUGCCGGCGGAGCUGCGCCAGCGGAUCCACGAGUACUACGAGAACCGCUACCAGGGCAAGAUGUUCGACGAGGACAACAUCCUGGGGGAGCUCAACGAGCCGCUGCGAGAGGAGAUCGUGGGCUACAACUGCCGCAAGCUCGUCGCCUCCAUGCCGCUGUUCGCCAACGCGGACCCCAACUUCGUGACGGCCAUGCUCAUCAAGCUGCAGUUCGAGGUGUUCCAGCCGGGGGACUUCAUCGUGCGCGAGGGCACGGUGGGCAAGAAGAUGUACUUCAUCCAGCACGGCGUCGUCAGCAUCAUCACCAAAGGCAACAAGGAGAUGAAGCUCUCCGACGGCUCCUACUUUGGAGAGAUCUGCCUGCUGACGCGGGGCCGCCGCACGGCCAGCGUGCGCUCCGACACCUACUGCCGCCUCUUCUCGCUGUCCGUGGACCACUUCAACGAGGUGCUCGAGGAGUACCCCAUGAUGCGGCGCGCCUUCGAGCAGGUGGCCAUCGAUCGGCUCAACCGCAUCGGGAAGAAGAAUUCCAUCCUCCUGCACAAGGUGCAGCACGAGAGGAACAUGGGCAUCUCCAACAACCGCGAGAGCGAGCUCAUCCAGAAGAUGGUGAGCCGCGAUCGCGAGAUGGCCGAGCAGGCUCGCCUCGGCGUCACCGUCACCAACCCGGACAGCCCGGUGGGCCUCAACUCGGCCGUGCAUCUGCUGGCCACCACCUCCAUCCUGGCCUUCAUGCAGCACCACCACAGCCUGCAGGCGGAGGCCGAGGCGCUGCUGCCGCCCGUGGCGAGCACGCCAGCCGGCGGGCAGAGCGUGCCUUCCGAGAGCCCGAUGGUGCAAUCGCCGAGCCCUCGGCAGUCGCAGCUGCUGACCAGAGCCAAGCAAGAGUCGCCCGUGCAAGGUCAGCGAGGGCAGCAGUCGCCCGGGUUGACGCAGACGUCCGCGGAUCUCUUCCAGCGCUCUCCCGCGACGCAGGAGAGCGUUCGGAGGUCGGUGGUCGUCAGCUCGCAGCCGCUUGGAGCCGCUGGGCAGCGUUCGCCCAGCUCGUCCACACACUCGCCCGCUCAGAGCCAGCAGUCGUUGAGGGCCGCCGAGUGGUUACCCGGCCCUACCGAACACUUUGCCCAUCAAUCCACCAUGCCCCCCGGUACGGGAAGGAGCUCCCCGGUUCAUUUCAAACCGACCGAACAGAGCCAGGCCUACGUGUCCCCACUCGGAUCCAGGCCAUCCACACCAUCGUCCGGCCCUUCACGAAGGUCUCCGCUUCCAAAGCAAGAGUUGGUCGGCUCUCCAUCCUCCCUGCUCGGCCACUGGCCCAGCGACAGCAUACCUCGCUUCAAUAAGACGGGACAACUGGUCGGGCCCAGAGAGGUGAGCCUAGGCAGGGGCUCGCCAAGCCCCGCCAGCUCGCAGCUGUCAAUUGCAAGCCAGCAUGACGCCGCCAGCCCGACCCAGUCGCAGCUUCACCCACUGGCGCAGACGCUGCAGGGCACGAGCGGCAGCAGGCUCAACCGGGACCUCAAGCCGCUCUCGGCAUCCCAGCCAUCCCUGCCGCACGUGAGCUUCCUCUCGCCGGCUCCUGCGAGAGACUCCAGCGUCUCGUCCUCCCCUCGGCCCACGCCGCCAGGCAGCCCGCUGGCCAGGAGCGCCGCCUCGUCCGUGACCACGCUUCCCUGCUUGCCGGGGCCCGCCGCGCCCGUGGCGCAGCCGAAAGAGACCACCGCGCUCGCCUCGUCGCUGCAGGCCCUGCAGGCGUCGGCAUCGAAGGUAGUCGCCAGUGUGUCGAAGCAGCCAUACUCCCCGCUGCUUUCCACCGCUUCGAAAGACGUCGCCUCGCUCUCGGCGGCCCCUUCGCCCGGCGCGAGCCCCCUGAUGAGCCCGCUCGUCGCGUCCAGAGACGCCGUGGCCACGCCGGAGGCGGCUGCCGAUUUAAAGACGCCCGCCGCGGUCGCAGCCACGGCCACCGCCGCCACCGCCGCCACCGCCGCCACCGCCGCCGCCGCCGCCACUCCGUUUUCUUGUGCACUUUCCUCGAUCGCGGAGUCCACCUCCUCAUCCGGCGCGAAGUUGCCCUCCGCCCCUCCGGCACAAACGUUAGCGCAAUCGUACAGCCCGUCGCCCGGCUCAAAGGACGUCCAUCCCACUCCGCACACAUCGGCACCAAGCACAGCCUCCGUGGGCAAGGAGUCGGCCCCGUCAGGCCACCCUGGAGAUGCGAUGCCCUCCGGCCCAGCUCCUGAUGCACAGGCCUCAUCAAGAACUUCAGCAACCGAACCGCCGAGUGCACCCAAGCCGUGAGGAGAAACGCCAGACUAAAGUGUGAACGCUAAAUGGAAAGACUCAUAUUGGGUUACCGCGCACACAAGGCGUGAUAUCUGCUUCUGCUGGAAGUAAAAAAAAAAAGAAAAGGCAAGCUUUCACGUCCGCAUUUGAUAACUUGAAGCUGACCCCCAGUCAAAUGUCCUUUGGAAGGAAGAGCAGAGUGGUCUGGCUCCUCAGGGAAUCUGCCACUAAGGGUGUGGGUUUGUUUGCGUUCUUCUUUUCCUGCUACGCUGGAACGUUAACAACGAGCGACGCAGCCGUAGAAACUGGGCGCAGGAAACCAUGCGUCGCUUGGGAAGCUCGCGGCCAAGCGGGUCCUGACUGGAAUUGCAUGCAUUCCACGUCUCUUGUAUGCAGCAACAUCGUCAACAUUUGUGAAGGAGCCCCCCCCCCCCCCAUUGGACAUUGCUGUAAUUUACCCAAAUAUAUAUAUAAAGUAUAUAUACAUAUAUAAAUACACAUAUAUAUAUAGUCUAAUGGGCAUAGAGCCCAUGUAUAUGUAUAUUAUAAAACUAUUACUGUAAAAGUAUACUUGAAGAAAGUAUAUUUACUUCUACAUAUUAACGGUUUUAUUGAAAGAUUUAUUUACAAGUACACUGUCAUAGUAUUCUAAAGAAUUAUUUUCAUAGUAUGCUAACAGUUUUUAUUUUGUAGUCUGAACGGAUGUAUAGUAUAGGUUUAGGUUUUAGGGUGGUAGUGUCCUGAUUUUUUUGCUAAUGUAUAAAUGUGUCAGAGAGCCUUCUUCCAUUGUUGUAUAGUCUUCCAUACCUGCAUUUUAAAAAACGAAACAAUCGGAUAAAUGGGACCUUGAGCCCAAAACUUGAAGAAAAGCAAUAUGAAGAAUUACACGGAAUGAAGCCUUGAACCAAUGAGAGUGUUUUCGCCCAAUGCACUUUAACCCCGUGUACGUUGGAGGACGGAAAGUGUCGCGGUCGCGAGAACAGGCGGCUUCGUUUUGUGAGUAUGCAAAAAUCCUGGGGGCCCACGGACACACCAGGGGGAGUCUAUAUCUUGUGUAUAUCAUGACACACACACACGCGCGCGCACGCAUGCGCACGCACGCACACACCCACACCCCGAAAGUAUAGGUUCGCGCCCGGGUAAUCAUGGCUCUCCCCACGCGCAUCGCUGCAUAUAUUUCUCGCGUCUGUCUGUAUCCGAUACCGCUGAGGGGGGGGGGGGGGGGGUGGAAAUCAUUUCAAGCAGCUUUGUAAAAGUUCAGCGAACGAAACGUUAACGAGUCUCAAGCGUACUUGAAAAUCCGAUGAUUAAACGAAAUCCACUUCCAUUUGUUUGAUGGACCAAGAAUUGUCGCAGUGCUAUGUUGUACAUACGGUUCAUAUUUUUUUGUGUGUCCGUCUCAACCCCGUCUUGUUUUCCUUUGUUUCUGUUUAAAGGAAAGUCCGGUCAACUUUCCCAAUGACCCCGGGAACAGCCAACAGGCGUAGGCAGCUGCACAAAGACAACAACAACUACCAAUAACCUAUCCCGUUUAAGACUUGUCUAACAGCUGCCGCUUUCUCCCCCUGUGAUGUGUUUAACGUAUACGCUUCCCGUUUUAAACUAUGUUUAUUAAUGACGUUGGUGUUUGUCUUUCGAAGUACGAACCAUAUAUUGUGGUAAAUGUUUACCAUAUUGACAACUAGAAUGUUUCGGAUUCGGGCAAGAUACAAAAUUGUGUCUUACGAUGUAUCGUUUUUUGUUGUUGUUUUAAAUGAUUUGUAUGAUUUCCCAUUGGAAAUAUUUGUUCAGGAGCUGCAUAAGACGAAGAGAUGUGGUGUUAACAACCCACGUGGAGCCAGCAAAGUGUUUAACCCCCUUGAGAUGUUCAAAUGCAAUGGGAUGAGCGAGCCUUGAUGAUGGUGGCAGCGGUGGUGGAAUGCUGUCUGUUGAGUGGAGCUCCCUUGUAAAAGGUGGCUUUACUGUCAGGGUCCAGACAGGGCUUGUUCGGUCGGAAGACAACCAAAUAAGGUCUGUUAGAGGAUCCUACCUGCAUCUUACAGCAAGCUAGGGCCAAAGAUUGGUAGACCCUUUAUCUCACUCGACCGAUCCAAAAGCAGUAUUUGAUAUCUAAGGAUCUCUGAAAUGACUUGUUUAAAGAUACGUUUGCACACUUUGUAGCUGAAUUUAAAAAAAAAGUUAUAUUUUAGAUUGAGAGAUCAUAUGUUUAUUUUAAAUUAAUGUUCGCUGUUCAUGUUUAACACACACGCAAAAUAGUGCCGUUAUGUGCUCGUGCCGAGUACGAACGUGACCUUUACUGUUUAUUUUGUUUUGUUUUCUCCUUUUCUAUUUCAAUUUUACGCCUGGUUUGGUGUAAGGUCUAUGCUGUUCUUUGCCUCCCCCACCCCACCGCACCGCCCCACCGCCCCCCCCCCCAAUAUCCACACUGCCAUCCCAGCCCCCCACCCCACCGCCCCCCCCCACACCAAGUGUUGUUCGUCGCGAGGACCACACCGUGCCAUUCCACCCAGUGCUGACGCAACAAACAAAAAAACCCCAACGCGACCGGCGCCGUACAAAAAAAAAGUGACCCCUUGCAAAUACAAUUGCGUGCUCACAAAGGACUCGCGCCGCGCGCAUCCACCUGGCAAGCGGUGAUGACAACGUAGAGGCAGCUUGGACAGAAUCAUAAGCUUUGUUGAGACGAGAGGAGGAAGCAGCUGAGCUAUGAAGCUCUGUGUUUUUUAACAACAGGAAACAAUACAAACAACACCGAUAGAGGUGCAAAAAUAGAGAAAAUUCACUAAAAUAUAACAAAGUAAUUAAGUAAUUGCCAAUCAACCGCUGGGUCAAAGGCCUCCACUCGCUCGAUGCGCCGGUCGUGAGGUGUUGUUUGAACAUACUUCACCACGCUGGUCAGUGAGAGGGCCUUGCGGGACAGGACCAGUUCGGAUAUCGCUCAACCGCCGAUGUCAAGUCGUGGCCAGGAAUAGAACUCAGGUCGCCGUGAUCGCAGUGCAAUGCGCGGGAGUCACUUGGUCCCACCCAUCUACGUCCUUACAAGGCAUUAGGGAAACGGACAUCUGCGUCAAGUCCAAUGGAUUGUUUAAACAAAAAAACACAUCCUAGUACGAUCUGGAUGCAAACGAACUCGACUUGCCAGAAGGAAUGUGAUCUCACGUUAACAAUCCUAGCCCUGUGGAAUCCAGUCACGUGCUUUUCUAACUACUGGACGUGUAAUAAAACAUCGAUGCAUCAUGAAAAAAACAUUAUUAAUUCUUGACACGUGCACUCAAUUAUCGGUCUGAGAAUCGAUUAUUUACAAUGUUUGCAAAUUACAUACAGAAUAAGUGAUAAAAAUAAAUCUUGGCUACUGAACAAAACUACAAACGAGACCGUGAAAUCAAGAAAAAAUACAAAUUAAUCUCUAAAAACAAGGAAACAAUGGAAUCGAUUUCAGUGGAAUCGUGACCUCAAAUCAUCAAACCGCCUAGGCGGGGUGAAUUAUAACUUUCCUAAUAACCACCAGUGUUAUUAACGGGUUUUUUUGCGCGUGAACGGACGCAACCCUAUGGGAUCCUAUUUCACGGUAACAAGUUUCUACGAAAUCCAACGUUUUUCAAUACUCGUUAGGGUCGGGGCCAAUAUUGUUGACAUGCGAUCCGAUGCCGUGGGGCCGUGCAUCGUUGGGGGGGGGGGGGGAUGCUGCGGGAACCCUUUGAUUUGUUCAUCGGCUGUACUUUUUUUUGCGCAUCACAGCACCUCGUCACAAAGCCGCUCGUCACAACCGAACCAUGUACACGUGUUCCUCACUCAGACCAACAUUUAAUCCCAGCUCCUCGUGUGUAUUGUUGACAAUAAAGUUUCAAGAGUUCACCCCGAA